GUUUCGUUCUUCAUUCCAUUUGUUGCAUUCUGUGUGGUUAGAUCGCGAAAUUCCUUUGCUGCUCUUCCAUUAUCAUCUCGCUCACCCAGUGACUUCGGAUGGUGUUUUUAGGUUAUUAGGAGGUGCGAGAAAUCGGUGAAAAGUGGUACUUUUGUGCAUUGUCGGUGCUUAAAUCGAAGAUUAGCUGCUUUUCCCCAAACGAAACAAACAACAGCGUACUUGUAAACAAUUCCUUUUGACUAAGGAAAAUGUUUUAUUAGUUCCAUUCAUCAAACGAACGAAACAUUUGAUUUUUGAUAAAUCUCGGGUACUAUUUCGGCGAUUACGAGUUGAUCACCAUGAACACGGCUGGUCGCUUCCAAUCAGGUAAGAAUCUCCAACCGGCUAGGUCCUUGCGAACUCCAGCACAAAGUCGGCCCAACGGUCCCGGCAACUACGGUCUCCCUGCGGAACAAGGCAAUCCAUACCAGCAACAGAACAACAACAACAAUCGCCAACAGCAGAACAUUGUCAGUGGUGGCGGUGGCGGAGGAUUCGGUGGCUACAACAUCAUUAACAACAACAACGGCGGAUACCGAACUCCGUCCGUAUCAUCAACAAAUGGUUUCAAAGCGAACAAUGGUUUCAACAAUAACAACAACGGAAACGACAAUGGAUUUCACGGAUCGAAGGGACUUGGCCAACGCCGCCACGAUGUGCUGCGUUCGCCCAACAGCAGCUUGGACAACAAUACAAGCUUGGACAGCAGCGGCAGUAGUGUCAAGGAAAUCCCAACCAUUGUAACGUUCAGUUCUACCACGUUGGCCGUUGGAACUGUCCACGAAGUCUACAUCUCGUACGUUGAAAAUGGACCCAAACUGUUCACGGUCCAGCUGAAGGCCAAAGAAAACUCGCUCAAUCAGAUGAUGGCAGCCCUGGAACGGAUUCCAUUGCGCAAUCUGACCCGGAAGCCCACGCUGGGAAUGGCCUGUAUUGCGCGGUUUUCCGAAGAUCGGGUACUCUACCGGGCAUUGAUCAUGGGCAUCAAUAUUGAUUCCUGUCUGGUUUCGUAUGUCGACUACGGAAAUACGGAAACUGUUGAGUUCCGUAAUCUGUAUGAAAUCCCCCAGGAGUUUCUGAAGCACAAGGUUUUCUCGAUGCGGUUCACCCUGUCGAACGUAAAGACCCUGGAGGACUCCAAUGCCGAUAUUGCGGGGCUGUUCUCCUCGCUGGUGAUGGACAAAGUCCUGAACUUGAAGGUUAUGCCCUUGGAGGGACCGGCUUUCGUUCAGUACUGCGAGCUCUACGACAAUAAAGAAAACGUUUUCGAGAAACUGCUUACUCUCUGCAAGUCGAAACCGUUGAAAUACCCGGCGCCGAUAACGCUGGAUCGUGGCGCCAACUGUAUGAUCAUCAUCCGCUACAUCGAAUCCUGUCGGCAGUUCUACAUCCAACCUCUGGAGGGUGUUGAACGGUUCGAAAAGCUGAUGGACCAGUUGGCCGAGUUCUGCCGGAAGAGCUCUACGCUUAACGCGAUGAAUCCAGGGGAUUGCUGCGCUGCCUGUCUGAACGCCGACGAGUGCUAUCGGGCGGAAGUGGUGAGUGUUCCUGGCGGCAGUAAGGUGAAAGUUCGGCUGGUCGAUUACGGCAACACCAUCACGCUGGAACGAACUCAGGUCAAACGGAUUGCGCCGAAGUUUGUUGAAGAGCAACCGCAGGUCGUUGAGUGCUGCUUGGAAGGAUUCCAGGAAAUCAGUGACGACAACUUGUCGACCGCUCAAUUGGAGAUGCUCGCUGAAAACGAAAGCGGCGACCGGAAACAGUACAGAAUGGUUGUGUCGGACGUUUCUAACGGUGUCGCUAUAGUGACCCUGCUCGACGAAGCUUCCACUCCGCCCUUGAACAUUUCCAAACGGCUACUAAAACUGAACAACCCGGCCAAAUUCAUGAAGGAGCAGAUGCAGCAAGCGCAACAUCAGAAAAUCAAUUCUGCCACUCCCAACAGCAAACCGCAGCAAAUGCUCUACACACCUCCUCCAGCGAUGGUGCAACCAGUUCCGGUACCAAUUCAGCAAGCCCCGCCACCUUCCACAAAUCCAUUCCAUUCCACGUCGAUUAUUUCGGAAGUUCCGAAUCUGUCUCAAACCACUCCACCGCGAAUGGGCGAGAGCGAAGUCAUCGACUUGACCAAUGACGAGUGGCCCGGAGCCAACGCUCCACCACUUGGCCAUCAGAGUUCCGGCUAUGAACAGCAACACAACUACCAUCAGACUAGCGUCGGUGGCGGCGGCAACAGUUACCGAGGACCUGGCGGCCCUCGUCCGGGAACACGCGAUAGCCACAGCAGCACAAACCGUGAUCUCAGCCAAAGCAGCAGCAGCUCCUACGGCACCAACAAGAAAGACCGCUUCCAACGGCCUGACAUUCCACGGUUCACCAAGGAAAGGAACCAAACGCCGUACUACAUCGAACAUGAUGACCGAUGCGAGACCAACAAUAACUACGAACAGCAGGACAAGGGCCGUGGACGGGACAAGGCAGGCUCGGGACAACGGAAUAAUCGUUACAGUGGAAGCGAUUCUGGAUUCAAUACCCAAUCCGGAGACAGAGCCAAUUUCUCGCAAGAAAGCUGGAAGUCCUCUUCUGCGAGCAUCGAUUGCGCCGAGGAUUACGUUCCGUACGAUUUUGCCUUGACCGAGCAGGUAAUUCCCAUGAACACCAAAGUCGACAUCAAGCUAAGCUGGUGGGUCUCGCCGGAAGAGUUUUACGUCCGCAUGAAGGACGAAGAGACCAAGUUCGAAGACAUGAUGAAGCAAAUUCAAAAAUUCUAUCGCAACAAAUCGACCGCCGGGGAUGUACCGCCAGUGGGAUCGACUGUGAUCGCGCGCUACCAAAAGCACAACACAUUCUACCGGGCGAAGGUGAUCAAGUACAACGAAUCGCUCGGUAAAUUCAAGGUCGAGCUGGUCGACUGUGGCAUCCGGGCGAUCGUGACCGGAUCGGAGCUAUGGAAAUUGGAUCGACGCUUUAGCAAACUGCCACAGCUAGCCAUUCAGUGCACGUUGGCCAACAUCAAGAUCAACUGUGAACCCAAGGAGCUGCAGAACAAAAUCGAUCGAUACAUCAGCAACGAUCAACCGAUCGGUUGUGUUUUCCUGGACAAGACCGAAAGCAAGUACCUUUGCGACGUGGAAACGCAGGGAACGGAUCUCAAGAUGGCCCUGCUGAAGGACAACCUCAUUGCGCAGAUACUGACGGAUGUUGACCUCAGCCGGUUGAAAGGUCAAACGCUGAAGCUCAAACUGGUCGAGAUGAAAUCGCUCGAUCAGUUCCGGGUCAAGCUACAGGGAUGCGAUGCGAUUCUGAACUGUCGCCACGUGGAGCACGGUGCGUACCCGCAAUCGGUGGCCGACGAAAUACAAUCGAAGUGGCUGGAUCAGUACUGCUUCGGGCACAUUGAGGACGUAUCGAGUGAUGAACGGUUGAUACUGACGCUGUUGAUCGCACCGCUGUCGACCCAAGCGGCACCGACCAUCGUGGACAUGCCCAUCCUGCAGAGUAAAUUCACCGUCACGGUACCGUACGUGCACGAGGUCAACUGCGUCUACGUGCAGAACACCAAGUGGACGGAAGAAGUGGGCAAGUUGUUGGACGAUAUGUUCGAUUACUACGAAAAGAGUGGCACGGUGAUUUCGAACCUGCAGAUGAACGAGCUGUGUGCGUCGAAAUCGAGCGACGGUAACUGGUACCGGGCGAAGAUCGUUUCGCUGCAGGAACUGGAUAACAUUGAGGUUGUAUUUGUGGACUAUGGCAAUCGGGAGAGAGUGAAGCACGAGGAUCUGAAGGUGCUGGAGGGGCAGUUCCAGGAGUGGAGUGCGUUCGCCCAUGAGGUUUACCUGCCAAUGGCGUGCCUAAACGAAGGGGAGGAGGACCAGCUGAAGACGGAGAUUGCCAAUCUUACGGGGCAAUUCGAAUUGGAGCUAAAGGUGCUGGACCAUAGGAACGACGUCUGGAUCGUGGACAUGACCCACAAUGAUUACGGCAUAGUACAAGCGUUGAAGGAUAAGCAGCUGGUGAAGGACCUGGAUCACGAGGAGAUUCUCAACCGCAAGACCGGACUGAAUGAAAGUAUGGAAAUGGCCUUGGUUGGUAAGCCGGAAUCCAUCCAGGAAGAGCAGAACCAUAAGAAAUUGGACGGCUUCGUGAGUCACGUUGACAAUCCGAAUCAGCUGUUUAUCCAAAUGAAGUCCGAUCUGGAUGAAUUGGAUCAGCUGCAGGAAAACUUGCAGAUCAUUUCCCAAGCCCUGCCAGGACUGAAGGACUUCUCUGUGGACCGGUACUGUAUCGCUCCCUACUCGGCGGAUGAUUUGUGGUACCGGGCGAAAAUCAUCGAUAGUCACGAUGAUUUGAUUAUCCAGUUUGUAGAUUACGGCAAUACUGAUGUGAUAACUAGCAAUAAGAAGCAUGAACUGAAGGAUGUCAACGACGAUCUGAUGAAGUUCAAAAUCUAUGCGAAGCAGUGCUCGGUAUUGGUCGCACCUGCUGCCGGGAAGAGCUGGAGCGAAGAGGCUAGCAGUAUUCUGCGUGAUUUGGAAUAUGUCGAUGUCCAAUUCUUGGUCGAAUGCCGGGGAGUCAAUUACAUCAACCUGAAGUGCGAAGAUCGGGAUCUGGCGGAGGAACUGAUUACGAAAAACCUUGCCGAGCGGAUGCAAUAUGUCCCAUCGGAACAACGCUGUUUUACUAGUCAUAUUGAAUCGAUUGAGGAGUUUUACUUGCAGCUGGAACGGGAUAUCAAUCCGCUGGACGUCAUGGCCGAUUACAUGGCGAAAUUUGAAGAGUUUGCCUCUGUUCCAAAUCCUGCCGUUGGUUCAAUCUACGUUGCGGAGUUCCCGGAUGACAGUCUCUGGUAUCGGGCCAAGAUCCUGCAAAUCCUCGAUGGUCCCGCUUUCGAAGUUUUUUUCAUCGAUUACGGAAACACAUCGGUCGUAACGAACGUAAGACAAUUGGAGGAAUCCAUCGCCGAGCUACCUCCACUAUGCACCAAAUGUAUCCUUCGAUUGCCCGAUGGCGUCAAAAGCUGGUCGGAUGAAGCAGAAACCAAAUUCAAGCAAAUCGCUGCAAUGGGUGAGACGGUGUUCACCGUGAAGCUGCACAAUCCGGGACUAGUCGCCACCGUCGAACUGUUCCUUGAUGGACAAAACAUCAACGACCAACUGCUGGAUCUAUGCGAGAAAGGCGCGGCCAAUGUGAUGAACUCCAGUUUCUAUUUGAACGAGGAGAAAACGGUGGACAAUAGUUUCCCACUGGAAGGAUUUGUCCACGUCAGUCACGUGAAUUCCCCGGCGGAUUUCUUCAUUCAGUUCAAGAAUUCCCACGACGCCCUCAAAAACAUGGAGGAACUUCUUAUGAUCAAGGCAGCUCAAAGUGAACGCCUGAUGGUGGACGAUGUCACAGAAGGAAUGCUCUGCUUGGCCUAUUCAAAAUCCUACGAUAAGUUCCAUCGGGCGCGUGUCAUCUCGAAAGAAAACCACCAAUACAAGGUCCACUUGCUGGAUCAUGGUUCGGAUGGCUUCUCCACUGACCUCCGGCAAAUGCCCGAUGGAAUCAAAGACAUUUCCGUCCUAGCCAAACGAUGCUGUCUGGAAACGUACUCUGUCGAAUCCACUGUGUUAGACGUGGUCCAGAAGCGGUUCCUCGAACUGGUUGAUUCCGGCCGGACGCCGUUCUCGUUCGAAAUCGUCCGAAACGACGUCGAGCCCAACGUCGUCCGUCUGUUCACCGAAGACGGUCGCAACGUGGAGGAUUUGCUCGAAAUGCCAGAUAGCGGAGAUCAGAUGACGAUGCCGACGGUGGCGGUAGCGCUUCCUCCUCCGGCGCCGUCCGAACUGAUCAAAACCUCCCAACGUGCGAAACCGAAGCAGGCCUUCUACCGCGCGAAAAGUGAUCUGGAAUUUGACCAGUGAAAAACUAACGGACCAAACACCAAACCACGAGAUUGUUGACCAAACAAAUUGCUGUUAACGAAAAUUACCCAAAAAAGUAAAAGCUAUUUAUCGAAUUUUGUUAGCCAAUAAGUAACGAGCGUUGGAAAGCGUUAUUUAACGAACGAUUUUGUUGCUUCAUCUGUUUGAAUUGGUUUUGUUUUCAUAUUAAGUUUGUCAUCUUUUAUUUUCCCACAAUUGAACUGUUUUAUUUCAGCACCUUAAUUUGUUAACCAUUUCUAAUCACACGAAAAAAAAAAUGUAUCGAAACACGUCCAAAUAAAAAUAAGAAUGAACCAGCCUUAGAUUUUAACAAACAAAAAAGAGGCCUUACUUAUUAUAUACUCUCAAACAAACACCAGUGUUAACCGAACUGAUCUUAUGAUUUCUAGCUGUAGUGACGUAAUAAUGUUGAUAGUGUCUUUUAGUUGGACUACCUGAAGAUAACUAUAGAAAGCAAUAGAUUUCCUCUUCCAUUUAGUGAGUAGACAAAAGAAAACGGAAACGUUUAACCACAAAAACAAGCAAUACAAACACGCAGUUUGACGUUACGAAAAUAUUAAUACAUGCAAUGCAUACCCCUGUAUUUGCUACAACCAGCAGCUCUAAUCCAAUAUUUAUUGUAUUUAAUAGUUAACUAUAGGAGAAAUGGACUUAUUUAAUGCGAUCAAGCGGCGGCGGAGAGAAAGGAAUAAUAAACUAUAUCCUGUUUUUGUAAUCAAACAA